GAGGGAGGGAGGAUAGAGAGGAAAAGGGAGAGAGGCAGAAACACACACUGAGCAAGAGAGGGAGAGAGAGAGAGAGAGAGAAGCAACCAGGCAGAGAGGGAGCUGGCGGUCUGGUGGCCUUGCAUAACACACGUUGGAGCAGCCUUGCACGCAGGUCCUGGUGUGAGCUCCAGCAGUGGGGGACUUCCUUUACCGUCAGCCCACUGCAGGAGCAGCAGAGCCUCCGAGCCGGGAUCCACGGAGACGAGGAGGAGCAGCCACAGCAGCAGCAGAGGCUCCAGGAGAGGAGAGCGGCACAAAGGAAGAAGAGGAGUCCUAGGAAACACGUCUCCAACACACAGACACAGACACACACUCACACACUGACAGGCAGGAAGAAUCCUUGGACAUGCUCUGCAAGCAGUGGCUGUGGAGAGACUGAUUCCUGUCGCCAUCGCGGAAGAGGUGGAUUGGUCAGAAAUGAUUCCUCAUGAAGUCAAUGGAGUUCAUCAUGUGGGGUGGAGUGACUCUGUCAACUCUGGAUCUGACCACCAGUGAACACAAAGAGACAAGACAUAACCACUGACUGGAGGUGAGAAAGUAGCCUCAGAGGAUCUUAGAAGAAGUACAAGGGAAUAUUAUUACCACAGUGGCACAAUGAAAGCCAACCAAGAGCGGAGUAAUGGAUGCCUGCCACCUAAAAAGCGUGAGAUCCUGGCUCUGGAGCAGAGGACUGUGGUCGUAGCCACUGCAACACCUCCCGCUGCAGUGGCUGCCGAUAGUCCCCACACAGAAAACCUAGCAUGGCUGGCCAGUGUAGCCAGUGAACGCUGCAAGUCUAGGGAUGCUGAGAGUCCAAGAUGUCCGGCCUCCUCCACGUCCUCCGCCUCCCCUUCCACUUCUGUUCCUUCUUCAGCCACUCCUAUAUCUGCAGUUCCCUUGGCCUCUCUUCCUACUGUUUACCCUACAGCCCUUCCCCAUCAAGCCGGCACUAUCCAGUUUACACAGCUGGGACCCAACGUUCAGUUCAUCAGCUCUGGGCCCUAUGCUGGGUACAUCUCCUCUCACAUCCUCUCAACAAAUACCAGUCCUGCACCGAACAGCUCUGCCAUGGUAGGACAGCGUCCCCACCUGGAUGGUUACACCACUGCCCUUAUAUCUCCUAACGCCAAAGGAGAGCAGCAGUUUCACAUAGGCCUCCCUCCCACAGAACUGAACCCUGUGUCUCUGCCGAGCUCUCCCCAACUCACCAGUCAGUAUAUCCAUCUGGACAGCAGAACACCCCUGACUGUCAGCGGAAACACUGUCACCUCACCCACCGCCCACCUCCAGCUCCAUCCCCACACGGCCGUCCUCCCCCAGACGCUUACCCUUGCUCCUUCACAGCUUGUGGUUCAGUAUGCAGAUGGUUCAGCUGGAAAGAAACCAGAGGGGCAUGCUAAGGGAGUGCUGAAUGGGGAUUUGGAGGUGGUCAAACAGGCAAGAGCCUGUGGUCAGUCUGCAAACCAUCAGCAGGUCCAGAGCUAUGAGGCCAGACAUAUCCUUCUACCUGCAGAUUAUGGCCAAAACCCUGCAGGGCUCCAGACGUCUUUGGUGCUCGUGGCCCAGCCCAACCACGGAACUGAACACGAACACGGCUCAAAUAAGAUCUCCUUUGUCCAGACUGAGAAAGGAGGCAUUUGUUUGGGGAAACCAGUGUCUAGGUCUUCUUCUUUCUCCUCCCUUCCCUCCUCAGACGUGGCGAAGUCUGUUGCUCCUAACACAGUCAUCCAGACCACUCUACCCCAAGAGGAGCUGCCAGCCAGCCUGUACUCCUCCACACAGCCACCCAUCAUCGGCUAUAUCACCAGUGCAAACCAACAUGCAGUCAGCUACCAUGCCGCGCUGCCCCAGCACCUGGUAAUCCCGAGUGGCCAGUCCCUCCUCAUCCCGGUCAGUGGUGCCAACAACUGCACAGAAAUGGAAGCCACUCGCACCGUCACUGCCCUGACAGCCACCACUGCACCGCAAAUAUCCACAGCCAUGCCUCAUGCCUAUCUGGCCACAGCCCUCUCUAAGUGUGAAGCGCUUGGGUCAGAUGGAAGUCAACAGCCACCCGCCAUUGCACAGGCUCCAGCGUUGCCAGUGCUGCCCUCGAACCCGGUUCCCGCAGUGGUGGCGGCCCCCUCCCCAACUCCCGCCGCUGUUCCCGCCCCUGCCACUCCCACCAUCCAAGCCUCCCCCCCCAUUUCCUCCUCUUCUUCCCCCGUGGCCCUUCCUCCAUUCUUCAUGCGAGGCUCCAUUAUCCAGCUGGCCGAUGGGGAGUUGAAGCGAGUGGAGGACCUCAAGACGGAGGAUUUCAUCCAGAGCGCUGAGAUCAGCAGCGAGUUGAAGAUUGACUCCAGCACCGUGGAGCGUAUUGACAGUGGACAAAAUCCGAAUGCUGUGGUCAUACAGUUUUCUGUGGGAGAGCUCAAAGCGCAGGUGUGCGUUGAAGUGCUGGUGGAGUACCCUUUCUUCGUGUUUGGCCAGGGCUGGUCGUCGUGCUGCCCCGACCGGACCACGCAGCUGUUCGAGCUGUCCUGCGCGAAGCUGUGCGUGGGCGACGUGUGCGUGUCGCUGACGCUCCGCAGCUUGAGGAACGGUUCGCUAACAGACAGCCACGCUUUGGGGACCAAGCUGAAAAGUGGUCACCUCUCCGACUCCUGCCUCAACGUUGACCCCAACGUAAGGAACAGUCUGAGUCCCAGCGCUGCGGGAAGUAACGGCGGUCUCCUCAUGAAGGCUUCUAACACAGACAGGCUGGACAGGCAGCAGCUCUCUGGACCAGGAAAAGGAGCAGAGCUACCAGCGGGUUUGGGACUAGCUCCAGGACAGGCAGAUGGGAUCUACAGAGCCGGACCGAUCCUGGCGGACACAAGGCAGGAAUCAGUGAAAACGGACGUGUCUGCCCCCUCUAAACAUCAGUGUGGUGAUCCCGAGAGACCCACAGCUCGUAAGAGACGCUGGUCAGCUCCCGAGCGCGACCAGACUGAAAGAGCUGAGGAGGAACCUCCAGUGACUCUGCCCAAACCCUCCUUCAUUCCUCAGGAGGUCAAAAUCAGCAUAGAAGGCCAUUCUAGCGCAGGCAGUGAAAGAUGCUUGAACAAGAGAGUAGACUGUUGAGAGAACUUGAAGGAAUUUUAAAUAUCUGUGGUUUGCUUUGUGUUUACCCCCUACUUUUCUCUCUCUGUUCAGACUUCUGUAACAUAGACGGCGUUUACACAGUAUUUACACGUCUUGUUUUCUUUCACACGAGUCUGAUAUCUACGAAGUACAGCAGAGCACCUUCAUAAGUGGUAACACACACACAAGAUCAGUGCAAUCAGUGUCGAAAGCGAAAAUGAAUGCAUCGCGAAUGUUGAGUAUGAAUGGCGGUCGGACACCCAAGGCUGGGCAGAGACGUUGCGUGUUACAUAUCGUGAGCUGGUUCUCCUUCGUUGUGGGCCUCACCACUGGUGGAUGCAGAUAAAAAGUCAACCGUUUCUUUUACUCCGUGAGCAAGCACAGACCCCGAUGUCAGUGUGUGGCAAGUGGGCAACUAUAUUCUGACUCUCUCUUCACUGUUCGUUUGAUUUGUCGUGACGUGAGCGGUGGCAGGAAGUCGGCGUUGCUCAACCAUCAUGGCUGUGAUUCCUGCUUUCUUGUGCAUCUGAUGAGGUUUUUCUAUAUUUUAUAUUAUUUUUCACUUUCAAAACCAUUGUAAAUCCGUGCGCUACUUUUGGCGGCCUUGUCCCUCUGUGUCACUAUGUGUUUGAAUGUGGCUGUCAAACAGAGCCCAGGGUGAAGGUGUGUGUGUGUGUGUGUGUGUGUGUGUGUGUGUGUGUGUGUGUGUGUGUGUGUGGGUGUGUGUGUGUGUGUGUGUGUGUGUGUUUCUGUGUGACGCCGGUGGCUGUGAAAGCAGCACCAAAUCAAGACUGAAAAGGCCCGAAUGUAAACCACUUCAUUUGUCCUCAUGAAGUCGUGCAUGUCCUGCUCGCUACACCACUAAUGAGUAUAGUGAGAAUUUAUACCAGUGCUUUUGCAAUAUAUGGAAUAUGUGGGUGACACCUCUGGUGAAGUUCCUCAAGCUGUCUUCACCUUGUUACAUUGAGCUUUAGUCUCAUACCUCCCUCUGACAUCUGCAUGUUUCACAGAUUUUUACGAUUUGUUUUCAAUCUAUGACUGCUGUGUUCGACAUUUCAGAUCCGUACGAAAAGAGUAAAAUCUAGAUAUUUCUAUUAAAAAAAAAACACUCGAUGAGAUUUUAGCCGAUGCUGGUGUGGAUUCUGCCCUUUAUACUGCAAUACAAAAUAUAUCCAGCGAACUCGGCCAGCUGCAUUAAUUAGUGUUUUUGUCAGACACUAGCAUUAUUUCAGGCAGCCUCUUAAAUGCAGGUCGGGUUUAUUAUCCUCAUAGCGGCUCGUGAUAUCUGGCUCUUUUUAAAUUCUGCGUCGUCUUCACCAGCUAGUUGCCAACCUGCUUGUGUGCUGCUCGGUGACGGCCACGUGUAGUCCAUUUGACUUUCUUCUGCUGCCUGCUGGAAACUGAAAUUAACCCAGAUAAGAGCAGCAAGAGCACGUUGCGGGCCAUAAAAACCACAAUAUUAAGCUGAAGGAUGCUAAAGAGCUCCGUAGAGCCCAGAGGAGCUGCUGUCAGGUAGUAAUUCUCCGCAGGGUUUUGGCACAAAAAGCCGCCCCUCUCGUUGCAGUGCAGUGACCUUGCUUUUUCUUUACAGAAACUAUGGCCUUACAUAUUACAGUAUGUACCAAGUUCACAGCAGCACACGGUUUUUAGGGUUUUUACCAUGAAAACCUCAAUGACGGUAUGCCUUUUGUUUUUUUGUUUUUUAAGUCCAUACCGGUUAUAUCAGAGAGUACGGCUGUUUUGGGUAGAGCAGCAAACUCUUUCUUUCUGAUGGAUCAGUGUACAUGUCAUUUCUUUCUUAGAGUAAAGAAAUAUCCUAUAGUUCAUACUCAGGAACAGUGUGUAUCUCACAGUGUAUGCAGUGUGUGUGUGUGUGUGUGUGUGUGUGUGCGUAGGCCUGAGAUUGUAUGUGCAUGUCCACAGUCAUGUGUGUGCGUGCGUCCUGAACAGCAGCACUUUGAUGAAGCGUCCAACUGGAGUGUGGCGGCGGCGGCGGCGGUGGUGGUGGUGUAACCCCCCCUCCCCUCCCCUCCCUUUUUUUCCUCUAGAUAUUAUGAGAAUAAAUGACUGUUUCUCAUCUCUUGUCCUACAGGUUUAUCACUGACAGAAAAACAUUAUAUACUACCGGGGCAGGGAAUGUAAACACACAUCGGGCAAACUUUAUUUUUGAUGAUUUAUAGAGCUACUAUUCAGAGAAUGAAAGCGAGUGUUGUAAAGUUAACUAGCCAGCCAGAGUCGAUCAUGUACAGCAAAGUAUAUCCUAGAAAGUGUACAGUUGUGUAUUCUAACCCUCAUGUAGCCUAUGUACUGUAUGUGCCACAGCGCCUCCUUCUUCGAUCAUUCCAUUAAUGCACCGAUAUCAAGUGGUCCUGCUAUUGUUUUUGUUCUGGUAUUGAUCAAAUGUUCAUGAAUGUGCUUCAGCUCUUUGGGAACAUCACCAUAAUUUGGCCUCUUCAUCAGUAACCGUUUGACUUGCACGCUGUUAUGUUACAGUACGUGUGAAUAUGGACUGCAGUUUCUCACGAUAGCCAUUAAACUCCUGAAAGGUGUUUAUUGUAAACCCAGUGACCAGACUGUUCUGUUUGUGUUUGACUGCUCAGGCUAAAAAAAAACUAAAAACUAAAAACUAAAAAAAAAACAAAAAAAAAACCCCAACAACAAUGGCAACAAAAAAACAAAAACAAACAAAAAAAAAAAACACAAAACAGCACACUGCCCUUGACUGUUCUCCUCCGAAACUAUGUGGUCUUAUAUCCUUCACCGUUGCAAACGUACAGCAGCUGUUUUUGUCUUUGGAGCCGGACUUUCUCGCUCUCCUGGCCUGGCUCAUGUUUGUACUUAACUAAUUAUUUUAUAGGUACAGACCCAAAAUCAUAUUAUUCAUGACGCAGACAAAUCCAUGAAGUGGCUGGUGUUAAUCUACAUUUCUUUUAUUGUCAGCAAAUCCCAUGAACAGAGCAAAACUGAAAAAUCAUUCGACCUCCUCAGAUUUAUUUAUUCGUACUGUUAUCAAUAAUGUGGGCUCAAAUACGUAGUUUUAUUUUUUUUCUAAAGGCAAAAUAAAUUUCUUAUAUAGUCAAGAAUUCAAUAUACAUCACAAAAUGCUGCCCAGCAGGGACUAUUUCCAGCUGUGGAUUGAUACUUUUGGUGUUGUAGUGCGCAUCAGAAAGUGAUACUUAACCUCCUGAGACCCUGCGUCCUCAUAUGGGGACAUUAGGUUUUAGGUUUCUGGUAGGUUAUUCUACUUCAUUAAGACCCAUUGUCCUCAUAAGUGGAUUUCUUUAUCUGCCAUUUCUUGGUAGCAAAAGAUCAACACACUAGUUGGAGAAAAAAAAUGAUAAGCGUGUAUUUCAGCGACAUCUUUAUUUUAUUUUUAUGGUUGAAACUUAUCUAUUUAUCCUUAUUAACUUCUCUAGUUUGAUAUGACAUGCAUAUUUAACAAACUCUAUCAGUAGUAAGAUGCUACAUUGUCGCUAAUUAGCACGUACCCGUUUGAGGACAUUGGGAUUAAACGUCCUGCUCAAAGAUGAUGUUUAGUUUUUAUAAUUUUUAGGUUCUUGGAGAAAUUAAUAACAAAUAAAAGCUCAGGUCUCAGGGGUUUAAAAAAUCAAAACACUACGGCCCCAUGUUCAUGAUGAUAACAACAUCAACUUCAUCUUUUGCAAGUACAAUGUGGCACAUUUAUAUAUUUUUUAACCAGUUUCAAGUUGCACAGUAACGCAGCACAUACGCAAGGCUUUGACCGCACAGACAACACUUUGUAAUGAUUCCUUGUUUGUUUUGGUCUUUUCAUGGCGUUUGUUGACAAUGAUAAAAAAAAAUAUAUAUAUUGCAGGUCCCGUUCCACAGACCCACAGAGUUAUCCCGCCAAUUAGCUCUCUGCUCAACUGUGCAUGCAGCGAAUUCAGCGUCUCCGUUAAAAUGACAACAGUGGCCAUUAGCAUGCCCCCACAGUCUUGAGAAGAGGUCUAAAGAGGGGAAAUCUGUGGAAACACCUGUAAGAGAGGAGCACGGGUAUCACAGGUGUGUAAGGGCUUUAAGUCAGACAACAAUAUAACACCGUUAGAAAUACUUAGUGUUAAUAACACGUCCCCCCUUUUUCUCACACACAUGCUUAAGCUGGGCCUAUAAUAUGUAAUUUUCACAGCCUUUCUGUACGAUGUUGAAUAUGGCAUAUAAGUGCCGCGUUGUGGUGAUCCAUGGAAUUGCACUUUGAUAUGUGGGUGUGUGUUUGGGGGUGGGGGGGAGUUGUUAGUGUAACUAAUACACAGAAGAAAUGUACAGCAUGUCUGAGAGAAAUUGUACACAACCUGUGCAACGUCUCAGCGAUUUGUAAAUAGCCAAAGUCUUCCAUUAUAAUGUUGGUAUGACCUUGUCGCAGGUGGAGAGGAUGAACACUGAUCCCCAUGUACAGACCUUGGAAGUCAUGUUUAAUUUCAAAAGUACCUACAUCAUUUAUUUGACCGAAAUACAAGAUGUUGCUUCACCUAAGAUAUUUUCUUUUGCACCAGCUCUAAAAAAUAAAAAUAAAUGAAAAAAAAAAAAAAAAAAAAAAA